AACUCAAACAAAUAGGAUUACUGCGGCACUUCCACUACAACCUGCAACCUGUCCUGUAAUCACAGAGUUAUCCAUUUUGUGCAAACAGCAACGACAGAGGCGAAACCCCAAAAGUCAAUCAGUCUGAAAAUUAUAAAUGCAAAUUGAUGAAGCCGCCCGGCUGGACCGUUUAAUUACAAGGCAGAUAAGAAUAAAAAUGACAGACAAAGCUGUUGAUGCCGCCGUUGAUGAUGCAAUUUAAUAUCCCUGGCAGGUGUUAAAAUAAGGGAUUAUGCAGGGAAUCAGGAAGGACAGACCGCAGCUGAAACCAAAAGCUUUCAUCAGCAAAAAUCUGUUGGGUAUAUAAAAUGAUGGCCAGUCGGUAUCAAAAUCAACAGUUUUACAGUUGCUGUGAACACGGCAAGGUAAACGCAAUCAAAAUCAAAAUCACAACAGUUUCAACCGAAGUUCCAUCGCAAACCAACAAUGAAGCUUCUGUCGAUUUUCUUUCUGGUUUUCAUGGCCUAUACUGCCGCUAAAGUAGUGCCUCCUACAUCAACUACCAAUAAUCUGAGCAUUGAUCAGCAUGGCAAAAGGGUUUAUGCGGAUAAAGUCGAGGAUACAUGUGUUUAUUUCUGCCCCGAAACGGAUCCUUCUGUGUGUGCCACCAACGGACAAUGCCUUCUGAAGUUUGAGAGCCGCUGUGCCAUGUCAGCUUACAACUGCCGCAAUCCCCAGAAAGUGUUUAAGACCGUGGAAGACUAUCGUUGCUUGCAGGAUUGGCAGCCACUUUGCAUGGAGUCAGAUCUCAGGGAGUUUGGCUUGUAAAAAAAAGACUUUUGGUUGAUAGGUUGAGGAUUGUGAUUUAAUAAAGACUAAAAAAGGAAGUUAAACUAAAGUUUUAUUUCAUACAAUAUAUGCUCG